AUGGAUGAAGUUCCUUUCCUUGCCAAUUCUUUUGUUGUUUUUUUUUCUACUUUAGCACUUUCUAUCAUGGAACAACAACAAAUUUCAAUUGAUAUAAAAUCCCUCAGUACAAAAGCAAGAAGAAGGAUGCGUACUUCAAAAGAAGAAACAGCUAUUCUUGAAAGUUAUUACAGACAAAAUCCAAACCCUACAAAUGAACAUAAACAAAGAAUAGCUAAAGAAGUAGAAAUGGGAGCAAGGAAUGUUCAUUUCUGGUUUCAAAAUAGAAGAGCAAAGGAUAAUAAAAGAAAAAAGUUAUUACAGCAAAAACAAAAAGAAUUCGGUACUUGAUACAAUUUUUUUUUCCUUUUAUAAAUAAUUAUUUAUACAUUGAUUCCAUAAUAGAACGACAACAAAGGGAGAAACAAGAGUUUUCUAGAAGGGAAGAAGAAGAAGCAGAAGAAGAGCAGCAACAAAGAGAAGAUGAUCCUAUUACCGUUAUCGUGCCUCAAAAACAAGAUUUAAAACAAAAAGGUAAAUUAAAGCUUCCUCCUAUUUCUUCUAUCAUGGUUCCAAGUCUUGAGGAUCUUUCAAUUUCUUUUUAUUUUCACCAUGCAAAAUUUGGUAUUGAAGACUGUAUGCUACAAUGGUCUCAAUUUCAUAACAACUCGAAUGAUAAUACACCUUAUUAAAACUCCGCUAAAUAUUCAGGGCAAAAGAAAAGAAAAGAAAAAAAAAAAAAAAA